AUGCUGCAACGCGAUGGGCAAACAGAUGUGCGUCCAUACGCAUGUGUACAAUGCUCGUGUCGGUUCACCCGAAGCUCCCCGUUGGAGGGUCAUCAGAGAAGAGCACAUCAGACGACAUUAAGGGAAGAACGAAAUCGACGUCGCGAGGAGUUGUGCCUUUGUGUGGCCUGUGGGUUCGUUUGUGAGAACUACGCGACACUGCUCCAACACACACCUAAUUCACAUGUCUUCUUGCAUUGGCCUUGCACACCGCUGCACAUCCAGAUGACUUGUCCAACAGCCCAGCGCACAUUUAUGAAGGACCUGCAGCAGCUCUAUAGGACAAUCGAAGCCUCGACUGACGGCCAGGCAUUCAUCGUCGGCAUCGAUGAAAUGUCGGUCAAGGUUUCCCUGCGACCCAAAUCCGGCUACAACGCGCACGCAGAAUUCAUGCUAACUAUCAAGUGUCAUUCCGCAUAUCCCAACAUUCGUCCAGAUGUCUCCUUCGACUCACCCAUAUUUCAUCCCAAUGUUGACCCAUCAACUGGUUCCGUGUGUGUAAGCCUUCUCAACGAAUGGCAAAGACCUCGCCUCACUGGCGUUCUCUGGAUGAUGCCGCUCGAUGCUCUCUCACCCUUCUACCACGUGCCCAUUCCUCUGCGGGAGGAGCGGAAGGACAGUGAGGAUGAUGGGUGUGAAGAAGGAGACGGUGUCUACCCCACACCUACCUGUCUGCGUUUCCUUACCAUCACCGCCUUCCUCACGAACUGGGUGGCAUGGCUGUCACGGAUGGAGGGCUACGCGGCCCUCGGUAUGUCGCGAUUUCAUCCGAUGCUCAUCAGUGCCCCUGUGGCCGCCUGCUUGCUGCAGCCCUUCAGCCUGGGCUGCGGUCAGACGCCUCUCCUCGACCUCUGGCCCAUGUGGGUGCUCCGUCGCCUUCUCACCCUUUCCCUCAAACUCCCUCAACUCCAAAUCCCCUUUCUUCACCACAGUCGCCAACGUCUGCAAUGCCUAUUUCCAUUCUCAGACCUCGACGAGAUUUAA